UCUAUUUGUAAUUCUGACUGUGAAAUAAUAAGGCCAACAGCAAAGAUUUGCUGUCUGCUCUCUCUGGUCACUGGCAACCUGUUAUACUGGGUGUAAUCUUAGGGCAGGUUGGAAGGGAGACUCCUAGACUCAGUGCUCUUCUUGCAGUGCUUGUCCCCACACCAGGUGUCCCUAACUGGCCUGGAACCCAAACCCAGCCCUGCCAGAUACCUUAUCCAUAAUGUAGGGGACCACUGGGAGACUGUGGUGGUCCUCAUGGAUUGCAGCAGCCGAGUGCUGCUGCUGCCACCAUACUUUUUGAUGGUUGUAGGUAUUUGCCCUACAGCCCCUAUAGGUUUGCUCUAUAGUCCCAUUGGAUUUGUUGCAGCAGCACACCGGUAGGCAGGAAUAAAUGCUGUUGACAAAAUCAUAGCCCUAGAAAGGCCAUGAAGGAAGUGCAGGAAGCAGCACCCAGCCAUGCCCUUCAGCUCAGUUAACAGGUGCACACUGUAAACACCUCUCUGUGAGCAGGGCUGUGCUCCCAGUGCAGACAGUGUGCUGCUGUGGAACAGGGCCUUUGCUGUUUGGAUGGUUAAACAUUAGCCAUAUGGGUGGCUUCAGGUUGGUUUGGGUACAACAGUGUAGCUGCAUUUCUUCUGACCAGCCAUCUUUCCACAUCAUCUUCUCUUUGCCCACAUCCGCGUGCAUCUCUCUAUAUGGCAUGAAAUAGAGGCUCACAGACAGCACUGGCUUUUCUCAGGCGAUCCUGUCCUUCUCACACAGGGUGGGAUGCUAGCCUGGAAAGCACUACUGUGUAUAUUGCUGUACUCCUGUAUUCAAGCCACUGAUUUAUCCACACAGUAAGUGUUUCAAAUACGUUUGAACUGUAUGUUCCACAAAAAUUGGAGUUAAAAUCCUGGAACCUGUCUUUGUGAGAUCCCAAAAGUGACUGAGGGUGGGAGCCACAUAAAGAAAAUUCGAGGUGGAACAACAAAUGGAAGUGAUGAUUCGGUAGGAUUCUCCUUAGCAGAUACAGACCACAAUAAUUUGAGGAUGGACACCACCCUGCAAGAGGUUGCCUACCUCAGGAAAUAAUUACAUUUGAGAUGUCCUCGAUUUUUUUUUCCCAUCAAAACAGCCAUAAAAGAAAACCAGCAUCCACAAAACUGCUCUUACUGGGCGUGACCUUGGCGGUUAUUUCCUAUGAACUUCAGUGGCCCCAUAUUUCCUACUGGAGAUUCUAUGUACUGGAGAUCCUAUCUACUUUGCUCAGAUUUAGUGGAGGGUUGUUAGAGUUAGGGUAGUAUGGUUAGGUUGCAGUUGGACUUGAUGAUCUUGAAGGUCUUUUCCAACCUGAGCAAUUCUAUGAUUCUAUGACUAUCUUUAAGUCCAUUGAAUCAUGGUCAAGUCCCAGAAUAUAUCUAGAGAAUGGCUGCUUUGCAAAGUUGGCCGCAUUUAUUCAGAUGUUUCAGAGAACUCUGGAGGCCACUGUCUAAAAGAAAACCACCAUUUAAUUUUUUUUUAAGGAAUAGACAUUUACAUAGCAGCUAAUGGAAAAUCUAGAAAUAGCCUGUUUCUUUGCAACAUUAAUCUCGUUAAUGAACUAAAAAAAAUUAAAUAUUCGUGUAUCAGGUUUUUUUUUUUUUAAGAAGCAGGAAUAAAAAUGCUACCGAAGUCCGGUGUUAAAAAGAAUAUGCAAACAUUUCAACAUCUGCUCUGUUUUCCAGUUAAUUAGCAAUGAUGUGAAUAGCUUUUAUGUAGCAGCAACAUUCUGGACAUCCCUCUCUGUGCCUUUGGUCAGUGGCACAACACAACCAAUCUGUCUUUCCGCUGCACUUGAGCCCUGAUGAGAGCAGAAGGUGACCUCUAUGUACUGGGGGACACACAUCACCCACCGCGGUGCUGGGAGUCCCUUACAUUCUGCUUGCGGAGACCCCUCUCUGAAGAUACAUACGUGGGAAUACAAUUUUUACUGUAUCUGUAUAAAUAUGAACAAAAGGCCCGUAGAUCAGGAUUAAUUCUCACCAAAGCAGCAAGGCCUUUUCUUAUUUAAUAAAGGCACUUUAACAUAGGCGGUGGUGGGAACUUGAAAUAAGACCUGACUAUUCAUUGUUUUUAACAGGCUAGUACAGGGUCUUUUCUGUUAGAGAACACUAAGUAUUUCUCUCUUCCUUAAGCAUUAAGGAAGAAACAUGAAUGCAACUAGUGGUGAUUUAGCCGACCCCACGACCUGGCAAGACAUCAGAGGUCAUUUUCCCAACUGCACCGAUGUAGAAGUCAGUCUGAAGACUUUAUAUCUCCCUGUUAUGUACAGCCUCAUCUUUCUGGUGGGCUUCCCAGGAAACGUCAUUGCAAUCUGUGUUUACAGCUUCAAGAUGAGGCCUUGGAAGAGCAGCACCAUCAUCAUGCUGAACCUGGCGCUCACAGACCUGCUCUACCUCACCAGCCUUCCGUUCCUGAUACACUAUUAUGCCAGCGGGGAGCACUGGGUCUUUGGAGGAUUCUUGUGCAAGUUCAUUCGUUUUGGCUUCCACUUCAACUUGUACAGCAGCAUCCUCUUCCUCACUUGCUUCAGUGCCUUCCGCUACAUGGUGAUUGUCCACCCUAUGAAGUUUUUCCAUGUCCAAAGGAGGCGGUGGACAGCAGUGGCGUGUGCAGCCAUUUGGGUGAUCUCCCUGGCAGCUGUCAGUCCCAUCAACUUCUUGAUCUCCUCAAAAGAGGAGCAAAACAGAUCUUUAUGCCUUGACUUCACCAGCUCUGAAAACCUGGGUGCAAUCAGGUGGUAUAACUGGCUGCUCACCAGCCUGGCCUUCUUCUUGCCCCUGGUGACAGUGACUCUGUGCUAUGCACUUAUUAUUUGUGCCUUGGCCACUGGGCCCCAGACACGGGCUAGCUACAAACAGAAGGCUCGCAGGCUUGCCAUCGUCCUCUUGGUGGUCUUCUAUGUGUGCUUCCUCCCCUUCCACGUUUUUCGGGUAGCUCGGAUUGAACUGCAGUUGUGUCCCAUCAGCUGUCAUGUUGAGAAGCAGAUUCACACCAUCUAUAUAAUUUCUCGGCCUCUGGCUGCGCUCAACACCUGUGGUAACCUUCUGCUGUACGUUGUGAUGGGAGAUAACUUCCAGCAGGCCAUCCUCUCGCUCUCAUGGUGCAAGUGGAGCAAAUGCAUCCAGCCACCUGUGAGCAGUAAUUAUGUGAACAAGUCAGAAAUCACCUUAAGGAUAUAGAAGAGUCCCUUGAAGAUAAUUCCAGCAAACCUAGGAUUGCUUUCUUGCCACAUAGGCAGGUGUAUGGAUAUGGCAGUGAGAACAGCUGUUGGAUUCUCGCUCUCUCUGUAGUAGAGUGCAUGUCCAAAAAGCCAUCUCAGGAGCAGGCUUGUACAUACCUCUCUUAGCAACCAAAAAUUAAAAUAAAAUAAAUUAAAGUAAAAUAAAGUAAAAUAAAAUAAAAUAAAAUAAAAUAA